CUGUUAAUUUGACAUAUGGGGAGCUCAUGGCUCUACAUGAAGCUUUUGAAGGAAUACAGUGAUACUCUUGAAGCAAGCAAUGUUAAGCUGGAGGUUCUAUAUGAAGCUACUAAGCAGCAUGCAAUUUUAAUUGAAGCUAAGAACAAUGAACUUGAGCUUCUUUAUGAAGCUCUAAAGAAGCAAGAAAGUGGCUGUAGUUCAGAAAAUGCUGAGCUUUCUCAGAAAUUGAGUGAGUAUCAGUUGAGACUUACAGAAAUGCAGGGUCGCUUUUCUGAUCUACAGAAAAGGUCAGAUGAGAUGGCUUGUGAUUUGAUUCAACAGUUAGAACGCUCACAGAAGGAAGCCGCUGAGAAGGCAUUGACACUUGAACUAGAAUGGAAAUCUCAGGUUACUCAGAUUGUUGAAACAGUCAGGAGGCUUGAUGAGUAUGCUGGGAGGGUUUCCAACUCCAGCUUCUCAAAUAACAGCAAUGAUAUUUUAUAUACAAGUAGCCAGGUUGCAACAUCUGUUAAUUCUGCCAUUAAGUCAAUUCAAGAUCUGCAGGAGAAACUACAAACUGCUAAUGCAGGUCAUGAUGCAAUAUCUAGUUCACACAAAGAAGUGAAUGAGAAGAAUAAUGAUUUGCUCAGGACGAAUGAAUUUCUGACACGGAUGCUGCUACAGGAGAUAUACAAUGGCCUAAAGAAACUUGUGAUUGAUUCAUGCGCAUUGGGUGAGGCUGGGAUAAACCCACAAGUUGAGGAGCUUCCUGAUCUCUUAGAUUACAGUACGUAUACAAUCUUUAUUGAACAACUGGAGAAUGUUUUGGGUGAAAGGCUACAACCCCAGUCUGUUAAUGAGCGGCUUAAUUCAGAAUUGACGAAUAGAAUAAGAGACAUUAAUGAAAUGAGCAGAGAAUUCCUUGAUUCAAAUGCCAUUCAAAAGCUUAUAGAGCAUGUUGCGAAUGUUGUAGAACUGGAAGACUAUGGAACAGAAUCAGAUAAAGCGCCUGCUUCCAGCCUUGAAUUGUUAGUUUAUUCGCUUGUUAAGAAAUACAAAGAACUUGUUAAGCAGGCGAGUGAUUGCAAAAAGGAGUCUGGAUCUAAGGUGAUUGAAUUGACUGAAUUGGAGGAAAAGCUACAUCAGUUAGAUUCAUUGAGGCUUCAGCAGGAACUGGAAAUCCUCACACUGAAAGAAAGCCUGCUCCAGGAAAAGGAAGUCCUUGUGACUGCACAUUCUGAGUUACAGCAGAGAAUAAGUGAACUUGAACAGUCAGAGCAGCGAGUAUCUUCUGUUAGGGAAAAGCUCAGCAUAGCUGUGGCAAAGGGAAAAGGUUUGGUUGUUCAGCGGGAUGCUCUUAAGCAGUCACUUGCAGAGACAUCUGCUGAACUAGAGAGAUGCUCUCAGGAAUUACGAGCAAAAGAUGCCCGGAUUCAGGAAUUAGAAAUAAAACUGCAUACUUACUCAGAGGCAGGUGAGCGUGUGGAUGCUCUGGAAUCUGAACUUUCAUACAUUCGCAAUUCAGCUACUGCAUUAAGAGAAUCGUUUCUUCUCAAAGACUCCGUACUGCAGAGAAUUGAAGAAAUUUUAGAAGAACUGGAUCUGCCUGAGCAUUUUCAUUCUAGAGAUAUUAUUGAAAAGGUUGAUUGGCUAGCAAGGUCCACCGCUGGUAAUUCUUUGCCUCCCACUGAUUGGGAACAACAAAGUUUGAUUGGAGGUUUACAUUCUGAUGCAGGUGUUUUUUCUGUGGAUACCUGGAAAGAUGAUGCACAACAGGGCUCAACAUUAGGGGAGGACUUGAGAAGAAAAUAUGAGGACCUUCAGAGCAAAUUUUAUGGGUUGGCAGAACAAAAUGAAAUGCUGGAACAGUCCUUAAUUGAGAGGAACCACUUGGUGCAAAAAUGGGAGGAACUUUUGGAUGGAAUCUAUAUGCCUUCACAAUUACAGUCCAUGGAACCUGAAGAAAAGAUUGAAUGGUUAGGAGGGGCACUUUCAGAAGCUAAUCAUGAAAAAAAUUCUUUGCAGAAGAAGAUUGAUAAUCUUGAAAAUUAUUGUGGGUCACUAGCUGCUGAUUUGGAAGAGUCAGAAAAGAGAGUAUCUAGUCUUGAGGCUGACCUUCAAUCAGUUAUGCUGGAGAGGGAUGCUCUUUCAGAUGCUAAGCAUGAAAGAAAUUCUUUGCAGAAGAAGAUUGAUAGUCUUGAAAAUUAUUGUGGGUCACUAGCUACUGAUUUGGAAGAAUCAGAAAAGAGAGCAUCUAGUCUUGAGGCAGACCUUCAAUCAGUUAUGCUUGAGAGGGAUCAGUUUUCUGAAAGUUUGGAGACUACAACUUCUAAUCAUCAUAACCUUUUGGCAAAGGCAGCUUAUUUUGAAGUUGAGAAUGAAAAACUUCAGAUUAGAGUUACUAGUUUGCAAGAAGAAUUGGUUAAGAGGAUUGAGGAGGGGGAACAUCUUUUUGAGAUAGAUGGUGAGAUAAGGAGAUUGCAGCACUUAGUUUCUGAUGUAUUACAGGACGCUGCUGCUGAAGAUUCGGUUUCAGGUGGUAGUAGUACUGCAUGCUUGGAAGGAUUAUUGAAGAAGCUUAUAGAGAAUUACACUAAUCUCAAGUCUGUGAGUCCUGAACUUGUGGAGACCAAGCCAGGUGAUGCAACCCUUGAUGAAGCUCAAAGCAGAGACACACUGAAUACCGAGGAGGAUGUAGCUUCUUUAAAGAAAGAGAUGGAGGCAAUGCUGCAUGAAUUGAUGCAAGUGAAGGAAGAAAGAGAUGAAAUCUUUGGAAAGCAUCAAUCUUUGCUUCUUGAAGUUCAAGCAGUUGAAACAAAAAGGCAGGAAUUGCAAGAGCUCCUUAACCAAGAAGAGCAGAAGUCAGCUUCUCUUAGAGAAAAAUUAAAUGUUGCCGUUAGAAAAGGGAAAUCUUUGGUGCAGCAGCGGGAUAGUCUGAAAAAAACCAUUGAAGAGAUGAAUGUCGAGCUGGAACGCAUGAAAUCUGAGCUCAGCCACCGGGAAAAUGCUCUGGCUGAUUAUGAAUUGAAGAUGAGGGACUUCUCUGUUUACCCUGAAAGAAUAAAAGUCUUAGAAGCAGAUAGUUUGUACCUGAGGAAUCAACUGUCAGAAACUGAGCAUAUGUUGGAGGAGAAAGGGCAUAUUUUGAGCAGGAUAUCAAAUGCAAUAGCUGACAUUGAUGGUGGUGGUGAAAUUAAUAUCUUUGAUCCAGUAGAGAAGUUGGGACGAAUUGAGAAAAUCUGCCAUGAUUUGCGUGCAGCUGCAGCUUCUUCCGAACAAGAGUCACGGAAGUCAAAGAGAGCUGCUGAGCUACUGCUUGCGGAGUUGAAUGAAGUGCAAGAGAGAAACGACACUCUUCAGGAAGAUGUAGCAAAUCUUUCCAGUGAACUUACGGAAGUCAUUAAAGAAAAGGAAGUCGCAGAGGCUGCAAAAGUUGAAAUUCUUUCACGUCUUGAAAAGUUAUCUACAAAUCACUCUGAAGAAAGAAGGAAACAAUAUUCUGAAUUAAUGAUGUUUCAAUCUAGUAUAAAAGCUCUGAGUAAGGGUGUCAAUGAUAUUCAUAACCUAUUGUCUAAUGUUUUCUCAAAGGACUUGGAAUUUCUGCAAAAUUUGGAUGAUAACAUUAAAUUAUGCGUCGAAGGGGGUGAUUCCCAAGAUGUGUCUGGCUUUCCGUACAGUACACGGAGUAAUUUACAGGACAAGGAAAACAUUCAAUUUGUGGAUACUUGGCCAGCUGUCAAUAUUCAGGACCCUUUGGAUGACAAUGCAAUAGUUGAAGUUUGUGGUUUAAUCUGGCAUCACCUGCAAGAUUUGAGAACUGAAAUUACUGCACUGAAAGAGAAGUUGAUUGUGCAGUCAAAAUCAUUACAAGAAAAAGGUCAUGGGAUAUGGAAUGUACUGGGGAUCUUGUAUAGAGAACGAAAUUCUAUGACAGAAUCAUUUGAAGCUAUGAAGAGAAACAUUAUGCAUAUAGAAUCAGUUGGGAAAGAGAAAGACCUGGAGAUUGUUGUGCUGAGAAGAAACAUUGCCUUGUUUUAUGAAGCAUGUUCUAAUUCUGUCUUGGAGAUUGAAAAUCAAAAUGCCGAGCUGUUAGGAAAGAAUUUGGCUGCUGCAGAUAUGGUGACUAACACGAAGCCUGUAAUAUCAGCUGGAGUACUUUCUUUCAGUGGACAAGAUAGUGUUGCCUCUGAAGAAAAUAUCAAGACUAUGGCAGAUAAGCUUUUUUCAACAGUGAAAGAUUUUUUGAAUAUGAAAGCGGAAAUUACUGAAGGAAGCCAAAGGGAAAUGAAAAUAAUCAUAGCAAAUUUGCAGAAAGAGCUUCAGGAGAAGGAUAUCCAGAAAGAUAGGAUGUGCAUGGAGCUUGUUGAUCAAAUCAAGUUAGCUGAAGCGUCUGCCGCUAAUUACUCACGAAAUCUUCAAUCCUCAAAAACCCUGGUGUAUGAUUUGGAGAAAGAACUGGAACUAACGAGGGAAGAACAAACUUCACUGCAGCAGAGAGUAAAAGAAUUGCAGGAUGUGCAAGCCAACACAGUGGAAUUGCAGAAUAGAGUCAAAUCACUGACAGAUGUAUCAUCAUCGAAAGACCAAGAAAUUGAAGCCCUUAUGCAAGCACUUGAUGAGGAGGAGGUCCAAAUGGAAGAGUUGAUGAAGAAGAUUGAGGAACUGGAAAAAGUACUGCAACAGAAGAACACAGAUUUACAGAACCUUGAAGCUUCUCGUGGAAAGGCUGUGAAAAAGCUUUCCAUCACAGUGAGCAAGUUUGAUGAGCUUCGUGCUCUAUCAGAAUGUCUUAUUACCCAGGUUGAACAGCUGCAAUCACAACUACAAGAUCGGGAUUAUGAGAUUUCCUUCUUAAGACAAGAGGUCACAAGAUGCACCAAUGAUGUUCUUGCCGCAUCACAAAUAGGCAAUAAAAAAAACUCAGAUGAUAUAUAUCUGAACUGGAGGACCUUCGGGGGUUUGCUAAAAAUAGGGAUGAGUUGUUGCAAGCGGGAAAGGAGUAAAGUGGAUGAGUUGACACGCAAAGAAGAAACUCUCAAGAAGACUUUGCAUGAGAAGGAAUCCCAGUUAAAUUUGCUUGCAGGUACGGGAGAUGUGGGUCAGGCAGCUAGUUUGAACUCUGAAAUCUUGGAGGUUGAACCUGUGAUAAACAAGAGGGCAAUAGCAGGGACCUCUGCAGCAUCCCAAGUUCGUAGUUUGCGUAAAGUCAAUACUGAUCAAGUUUCUAUUCCUAUAGACACGGAUGAUGGUGAUAAUAAUAGGUUAGAAGACGAAGACGAAGAUAAAGUUCAUGGUUUCAAAUCACUUACCACAUCAAGGGUUGUUCCAAGGUUUACAAGACCAAUAACCGAUAAGAUAGAUGGCUUAUGGGUUUCUUGUGAUCGGGCGCUCAUGCGACAACCGCUCUUACGGCUUGGCAUUAUGAUCUAUUGGGCUGUAUUGCAUACAUUGUUGGCAGCUUUUGUAUUUUGACAAGUCAAUGUGGUUACUAUUUGAUUUUGUGAAAAAAGUUUAGCAAGGAGAGCCAAACAUUGUUUUUGCCUUGAAAUGCAUACUUGGCUCCAAUAUCAAUUUUCCCGAACUUCUGAACAUGAUCCAUUGAUUCAUUUUAGCUCAACCAGGCAACUGUGAUUUAGCAGUUUUUAUUUGCAUGCACUUCUCAGGUAGCUUGGUUAUGUCCAAUAAGGAAAAGAAAAAUUCUUGUUACAAUUAUUUUGGACAUAGUAUGAGGAUUAUUCAGUUUAAACCAGCCGAAGGUUGUAUGAUGCUUACUGUAGUUAAGUGAUGUACAACACAAACAGAAAUGCUGCAAUUUUUAAGUAGUUCUUUCUAUGUA